CUAAAAAAUACCCCAAUUGGCAUGGGAACUUUGCCUAAGAAAAUAUGUGUCUGAAUUCAAUUUCUCUUAUUUCCUUUCCUUGGACCACUUCACGGACGGUGUCAACUGCUUUUCACAAAACCUUUCGAUAACAGUUUUAGCACCAAAAGAAAGAAAAAAAAAAAAAAAAAAAAAAAAAAUCAAAUCAGUUUCAAGGUUCUCUAUCAACUUGAAGCAGGCGAUAGUCUAUCUAAGUUUUGAGACUAGGUUACUGUUGGGUAGAGCUCGAAGUUGAACUUGAAUUGAAAUGAAGUAAGCUGCGGAUGGAAGAGAUUGAUAUUUUCUUCGAGUUGAUGCGAGAGUGGUUAAACUGUUGCAGGAAGCAUCGAAUUCAGGAAGUUUCUAGGGUUUUAAUGGCUGCACAUGGAGUGGAUACAGUAAAGAUCAAUUUCUUCCAUCGAUAGCUUACUCCAUUUAUGCUCGAGUUCAUUCAUCAAACAGGAACCUUAUCUGACAGAUAUGUUCCACAUUCUUGGCAUGUUCAUAAUCCACGCCUCUUCUUUUAUCUCUGAAACAAUGUCUGUUACAGAACUAAUGGGAGAAGAGGAACCGCUGCAGCCUGCUGUGGAGAACGAGAGUGCCGAAGCUACACAGGGAGGCGAUGUGUUCUCAUGGCCUGUCCUUCGUUUUGGUAUUCCUCCCGACAGGGUUUACCAUUUCUGUUACCAAUUCAGGAAAGGCUCAAAUUCCAACAAUUUCCUCAAAGGCAUCAAAUGUAAGAUUUGCUUGGCCUCAGGAUGGUACCUUCUUAUUACGCAAGGAAAUUUGGAGUUGCGGCAAUGGUAACUGAUUGGUUUCAAGUUCCACUUGGAAGAGGAGAACCCGGACAGAGGUGGAGCUGCAGAAAAUUAUUUUAGUUCACCAUCGUUGUUGUGCCAUUGCCUUGUGACUUAACUAUUGGCACUGCUAGUCUUUCUUUCUUGGAUUGCGAAUUAGUUUCUUUUAAUAAAAUUAUCACUUCUGGAAGGAAAAACGACUUAUGCUCAUGUUUCUUAAAUUCUAAAUGUUAAAUUCCUAGUGUUUCCUAAGUGGCCAAAUGUCUUUGUUAUAAGUCCUAGUACUAUGGCAAGUUCUUUGUUAACAUUGUCAUCUUCCUUGCCAACUUUGGAAUAUAUUGUAUAUUUAUGA